AUGAGCGAACAAACAUUAGAUGUCAAUAUAGUGGGAGACCCAGUCAAGGGUGUAACCUUUACAACAUUGAACGAGUCACCCGAUGCCGAUCUACAGUUUGCACAAUUAACAGGUAUGGGAUACCUCGGUGGUAGUUUGUUUGGUGUAUCGAUCGGUCUCGCCGAAUCAGUAAUCAAUCAACCAGCACCUGGUAAAUCACGUAGAACUCACAUAUUGGAUUGCUUGGGCAAGAACACUGCCAAGUAUGCAAACACAACCGCUUCAAUGAUCCUCUGCUUUAGUGGUAUCAGAAAGCUUUUACACUAUGGCACUCCAAUGAACGAAUAUAGUAUAUCAAAUAAUAUCUUGUCUGGUUUUAUUACUGGUACUGUUGUAAAGGCACCAGGAGGUGCAGUCAAGGCAGCAGUUGGAGGUGCAGUUGGAGCAACAUUAGGAUUAAUCGUAUCACUUGGAAAGAGAAAACCAGAGUGGAUAAUAAAUAAAUAUUAUAUUAUUGGUUGCGUUGCUAUGAUGAUGAUUGAUUAUGAUUAUUUGUUGCGUGUGAUUAAUAAGGAACACACAACUAGCUGUGGUUUCUCACUUUAUGUUAAUGUAACUUGCAUUAUCUUGCAUUAUACAUUUAUCUAUGAAAUCAUAAUGCCUUUCGCUUGUUGGGUUGAGUUUGGAAACUACAAGACAUACCUCACCUUUGCUAAUCACACAAACUACGAUUCCCUCUUCCCCACAAUUAGAGCAGCCGAACAACUGGGCAAUCCAAGCGGUCCAAUCUUAUUGUACAAGGAUAAAACCCUGACAACACUUCUUGAUCAAGAGGUUGAAGUUGAUGUCACUCUUCUUCGCAUCUAUGUUUCUUCUCCGACUCAACAACCUCAGCUCGCACAGCAAUCAAAUUUCUCUAAUUUGGAGCAACUAGAGGCAUAUUUGAAUGGAUUAGGAAUAACUAGUCAGGAAACCGUCAAAGACAAAUCACCAUUCAUGGACAGAGAAAAUGCAGUUGAGUCAGUUGCUCGUAUUAUUGAAGAAAUGUACUGGUCAUACCACUCUAAGAAUCUCACCCGAGACGAUCACCCUUUUUUUACUUGUCUUACUGGUGCUGGAAUGGGAAAGACAACAUUUGGUAGGGAGUGUCAUCGACUUUUGAGGGAGUUCAACUUCUCUGACAACAAGAUCUCUCAAGCCAUGAAGUCAUCUCUCUACAUAUUUAUCGAUUUCAAUGGAGGUGGGGAUCGACUUACAGAGUCGGAUCUAUCCACCAAGCCUGACUCGAUCUCUGUAGCGCUGGAGAAAAGGAUAUUUGCCCGUGCGAUCAUGCACAAAUCUUUUGAUGUCAUCUCUAAGCAUCUCACUCAGGUACCCGAUGAGCUCUUUUCGUUUGGGUCAACUUUUAGAUAUCUUAGAAAGAAAUCAGGUAUAAGCAAUGAUGAUAUACCUAUUACAAUCUUCUUGCACCUUGAUGAGUUUCCAUUGGCUCACGACUUUGUUGUCGAAAAUAAUCACCCUUCAUUUGUCAAUACAAUGAUCGAGGGGCUUGGUACUUAUAGAUGCAAUGGAGAGACAGAGUCUGAUGCAAACAAUGAAAAAGUAUUCCUCAUUCCGCUCCUCACUGGUACCACAUCAAAAGACAUUAUCAUUUAUCACUCUAAAAACAUUCACCACUUCUUUCCCGGGCUUUGGAGUCGUAUCAACUUGGAUGGCCAAGUCUCAAACCCAGUGUUUGUAAAUCAAUCUGAUUUGCAAUCGUUUGAGACCUCAGAAGAGGAAGUAGCAAAGGAGGAAAUCAAGGCAACAAAAAACCCCAUAAUAAAAGCUAAAAAUGUGCAAGUGGAGGAGGAGCAAGAGGAGGAACAAGAAAUAAUAGAAGAAAUCAACGAAACAAAAACCUCCCAAAGAACAGCUAAAAAGAAGGAAGUGCAACCAGUCGAAUCCAAGAAAAGUUCAGCCAGACUUACAGACAAGAAGAGAGCAAUUGAUGAAUUGGAUGAAGAGGAGAAAGAUUUAGAAAUUGACCAAGUUCCAAAAACCCCCUCUACCAAAUCAGCCAAGAAACCCUAA